UCGCCUCCAGUCGAAAAAAAUUUCAGAAGGGGAAAAUUUAAAAGAAAAAAAAAACUAAACCCACAUUGAAAUAUUCAGCUCUAGACAUUUAGUCGCCAGCUACCUUUUGUGUCGCAACCAUUCCCUUAAACUUGUGAAUAAAUUAAUUAACUAACCAUUAAUUAAUCGCGACUUUGCUCGGGUAAAAAAGUAAACGUCAAAAUGAACAAAUUUAUAUUUUUAGUUUUAUUGUUUAUCAUCAUAAAGUGUCAUAAUGUCGCUAGCAGGGCUGUUUAUCAGCAAGUAAACAAGCCAGAAAAUUUGCUGAAACAAUUGUUCCGUUUGACCGAGUUACCAAAAAAAACGGAUUUCAAAAAAUCCCGACUGGAAAAAAGAUCAGCGCCGAUUUAUUUGAUGGACAUUUACAAAAAUACCGUCGAUCAUACACCAGGAUUUGAAUACAAUGAAACCGCCAUGGAUUUGACUGACCAUGACUUCGAUAAAAUUAACAAGAGUGACGUCAUUAUGAGCUUCAUUGCCCAGCAGCCUUACAAAGGACGUGGAGGUAAACCAAAAUUUAUAAGACGCAUGUGGUUUGACGUUACGGAAAACAAUAAUGGCCAGCAGUUAAUUUCUGCUGAAUUGAAAUUUUUUCGUGACUGUUCUCGUGUCAGUAAACCGAGUAACCGACGUGCGUACAACGUUACCAUUUACCGUAGAAUUUUUGUCAACAAUGUACGCAAUCAUGUCUAUGUAAAUUCAGUUAUUGUACCGGAAAAUUAUCACGGCUGGUUUUCGGUAAAUGUCACUGACUGUUUCAAAUUUUGGACUGACAAUCCGGCUGAUAACCAUGGGGUCAAAGUUGUUGCGAUGCCGGUUGGUGAUGGAAGAAGAAAACGCAAGGUCAGACCGGAACACAUUGGGAUAGUGGGUUUUGAUGGGGAACCAGAAAGAUUCAGCUUCUUGGUUGGAUACUUCAGGGAUUUUGGAAAAAAUGAGCUGCUGGAUAAAGUUAUUGGGGAAUUUUACCAUGAUAAUUUUCAUAGGAUCAGCAAAAGAGCGGCACGAAGAAGUAGGAAUAAUUUAUGUAAAUUACAUAAAGUCUAUGUUGAUUUUCGAGACAUUGGGUGGGAUGAAUGGAUAGUCGCGCCACCGGGUUAUGACGCAGGUGACUGCGUUGGCACCUGCAGGUUUCCGAUGUCUGAUAAUAUGAAUGGAACAAAUCUCGCUAUUAUCAAAGAAUUGUAUCAGGGAGUUGAUAAUUCAUUUUCAAAGUCACACUGCACUGCUAUUCAGUAUGAACCUUUGAAACUUUUGUUUUAUUCAAAUGAAAAUACUGUGGUUUAUAGAAGUUACAAAGAUAUGUCUGCUACUGCGUGCGGUUGCCGUUGA